UCUGCCACCUUUUCUUUUCUCUUUAGGAUCACGAAGCAACCACAUAAACAUGAGCAACGAACAGUCUCCGGCCUCAACAUCAACAGGAAAAGGUCGUAUUUACUUUGGGUCCCUUGAAGGUCAAGAGUCACUUAAACGACCACGUGUUGAGGAAAAUACAGCAACGUCUGGUGGAGGAAUCGAUUUGGACACAUUAGCGGAAAGUGCAGAACCUGCAUAUUCAAUAAGAUCGGGUGAAGCAGAUAAAAGAGUACUUGAAGAAUUCGAGAGAAGAAAAAGAGCAUUCACACUUGCUGUGCCAACUGAUGAUGGCAAAGUUCGACAAAAGCUUCGAGAGUUAGGCGAACCACAAUGUUUAUUUGGUGAAGGGCCAGGAGAUCGUCGUGAUCGUUUGAGAUACCUGUUGUCAAAGCUAGAAGGCAGACCCAUUGAAAGCGAUGAAGAAGAAGAGAGUGAAGAAGAGAAUGAAGAAGAAUUCUUCACGCCUGGAUCGUUAGAACUUCUUGAGGCAAGAAAGUUUAUGACAAAAUAUUCUCUACCAAGAGCAAAAUCACGUAAUCAACGACAAAAAAUAGAAGAAACAAUCCCGCUUGCCCUGUUAAAGGCUAGUAGAAAAGAGCUUCACCAAAAACUCAAGUCUUAUGCAAACUGGUCUUCUCAAAUUGCAGACGAUCGACCUGUCGCUCAAUGUGCUUUCAGUCCCAACUCAAAGCUACUCGUAACAGGCGCAUGGUCCGGACUUUGCAAAGUAUGGAGUGUACCUGAAUGUGAGCCAAUAUUGACGUUAAAAGGACAUAAUGAUAAAGUAGGUGGUGUUGCAUUUCAUCCAGAGUCUACAAUUAGUUUAGAAAAAAGUGUGCUUAACUUAGCCACUGGUGCUGCUGAUGGCUUGAUUAGACUAUGGAGCUUGGAAAAAGAAACACCCAUUGCUACUUUAUCUGGUCAUGUUCGACGAGUCGCUCGUAUUGCAUUUCAUCCUUCUGGCAAGUACUUGGGUAGCGCAAGUUUUGAUGGAUCAUGGCGUCUUUGGGACGUAGAAACAACACAAGAGCUUUUAUUACAAGAAGGACACUCUCGAGAGGUAUACGCAAUCGGAUUUCAGUGUGAUGGAAGUUUAGUAGCGACAGGUGGACUGGAUGCUAUUGGAAGAGUGUGGGAUACAAGAACGGGUAGAUCUUCCAUGACUCUUGAAGGACACAUUAAAGAUAUCGUAGGAUUAGAUUGGUCACCUAAUGGAUACCACUUGGCCACAGCCAGUGCUGAUAACUCUGUAAAGAUCUGGGAUAUCCGAACAUUACGAAACUUAUACACCAUCUCUGCUCAUCAAUCGCUUGUAUCUGAUGUCAAAUAUAGCAGAGGUGUUCCUGGCACUAACAACAAUAGUCCAUCUGAUCCUAAUAAUAUCGCUGGCUUAUAUCUUGCAACUUCUGGAUAUGAUGGAUGUGUGAAGAUUUGGUCAGGAGACGACUUUAGAUUAAUAAAAAGCUUAGAUGGUCAUGAUGGAAAGGUGAUGGGUGUAGAUAUUGCACAAGAUAAUCGAUUCAUUGCCUCGACUGGGUUUGAUCGUACCUUCAAGCUGUGGGCAGAUGAAAAUCUAGUUAUUUAACUUAAUAAACACUACUUAUUGAGCUUUCUUCUUUAUGUUUUUAGUUUCUAUCAGCGCACAUAGCUGAGACUGUCUAGAUAAAUCAUGUUUAAUUUGUUACAUAUCAACGAUCUAUGAUAUGACAACGUAAUGCUUUUUUUAAAGCGGAAGCAAAUAAUAUGGCCCUUCUUUUUCGAUCUCAGUUGACAACUUCCCU